AUGGCGUCCUUUUUCGAACAGCUAUGGGAGUCCAUCUUCACACCCGGCCCCACACCCACCCUCCUUGUCGCAACCAACGCCUCCUUCGCAGCGCUACAACUCCUCUUCUUCGCCAUGCUGAUCGCCACCUACAGUAUCCACUUCAUCAUCCUCAGCUUCCUCUGCGCCGGCCUCUGGUGGAGCAUUAACUGGUUCGCAGUGGAGAUACGCGCUGCACAGGCGAAAGAGGAGGAGGCGAAGCGCAUCCGUGAGGCCCGACGGAGCGGCAGAGAAAAAGGCGACGGGGCAGACGCGGAUGGCGAGGGCGGAGAGACAGGAGAGGAAACCGAGGUCGAUAACGACGCCGAGCUGAAGCAGACGCUGAGGGCCAAGCCCAAGUCGCGUUCGCAGCGCGAGGGAGAGCAGAGCACGGUGUUUGUGGAGAGACCAGCCGGAGGACGUGAGAGGGAAGCAACGCCACAGGCUUCGCAGGCUGAGAUGGGCAGUGGACCGGUGGCAGCAGGGACACAGGGCACGACGACGAGUCUUGCGCCGCUGGUGGAUGAUGCGCUGAAGAAGAGAAAGGGUAUGGGUGAUUCGACGGGGGAUCUGUUGGGGACGGACAGUGAAGACGCGAUUACCGUGGGAAGGUGCCCAGACAACUUGACUGUCCAGGCACCACCUGAUCUGACUCUUCUCUUCUCUUCAAAUGAAGACGCUUCAUCUCCGCCCACACCGGUAGCGAUCCUUUCGCAGCUACACCAGAAUUCAAAAGCACGACAAGUCCUGCGCCGCCUGAACACCCCGCUCCGACACACCACAGGUCCACAAACGCGCACAAUGGCGGCACCCAUGAGCGUCGGCGAAGUCGUCGAGCAAGCAAGCAACUACACCUAUAAUGGACAUAUACCGCUGUCCAACUGGCUACGCACAGCCAGUACUAUGCAGAAAGAGGCGCAAGUCUACGAAGCAGAAGGCAACGACCAGCAAGUCUACCUUCUCCUGUACCGCCAUGCCGACCUUGUACUCCAAAAACUACAAACGCACCCCGACAAGAGCAGACCAGAGAACCGCAAAGCGCUGGCGGCCGCGACGGCGACGGUCAUGAGCGAUUUGCGAAAGAUGGAGGGGAUUGCGCCCAGGAUCAAGAAGAGGCAUGAGGAUUACAUGGAGAGGAGAAGCAGACAGAACGAAGCGCUGCAGACGCUGGAGGGGAAAACGGAGAAUAGUUUGGCGAGGGAGAUGGAUGGGUUGUCCAUCUUGGACCGCAAGAUGAAGAGGUACUAUGCUAAGCCGACGCUUGAUGCGCGCGCACAGGAGACACAGUCGUUGGCUGCACGGCUGGCGCAGAGAGAGGUGCAGAGAAGGGAUACAGCAAGAAGAAGCAUACGGCAGCAUAGCGCCUUGGAGGACGGGGAAUUGACUCGGAGAUCGGGGGGAAGGUGGGAGAGGUGGCAGGAUGAGCAUGAGGGUCAGGUUGGUGAGGCUGGAGAGGCUGGCGACCUUUCGAGGCAGCUUCAGGACGUCGCGAGGUUGCAACAGGAUGGACGACGAGGCUCAUACUCUUCACGAAAUUCGUCUCAACACGCAUCGCCCUACCACUACCCGUCCGUUCCACACAAGACAGCCCAGGAAAGAUGGUCAGAAUCACGCUCAGGAGAGUCACCCAGUGCAGCACCCACCCGUCCCCCUAAAGAACAAAUACACAGACAGUCAGGCACACCCUCUGCACCACCACCGCUACCCCCCAAACCACCAACUAUCCCCCAAGACAACCGCUACGGACAACCGCGCCCACCCCCAGUCCCAGGCAAAUACUCCGACAACGCACCGCCCCUUCCUUCCAAAAUCCCCUCCGACAACCGUCCCCCAACUCCCUCUCACGAACUUGACGCCUUCACCUUCCAACCAACCGCCUACCUCGAAAACGGGGACCCCCUCCGCCCGGUCUUUCUCCCCUCCCAACUGCGCCAGCAAUUCCUCUCUUCGGCCUCGACCAACACACGGCUCAACCUCGAAACUUGCGGCAUGUUGUGCGGGAUCCUCAAGUCCAACGCCCUCUUCAUCACGCGGUUGAUCAUCCCCGAGCAGACGUCGACGAGCGACACGUGUGAGACGCUGAACGAAGAGGAGUUGUUUGAUUAUUGCGACAAGGAGGAGUUGAUGGUGCUGGGGUGGAUACAUACACAUCCUACGCAAACGUGCUUUAUGAGUAGUCGGGAUUUGCACACGCAUGUUGGCUAUCAGGUCAUGAUGCCGGAGAGUGUGGCGAUUGUUUGUGCGCCGAGUAAGACGCCUAGCUGGGGUUGUUUCCGCCUCACCGAUCCCCCGGGCAAACAAGCCAUUCUCAAUUGCAGUCGUCCGGGCAUCUUCCACCCCCACGACAUAGAUAACAUAUACACAGAGGCCAUGAAGCCAGGGCAUGUGGUUGAGUUGGCGAAUGCGCCACUCGAGGUGGUGGAUAUGAGACCGAGUUUUCGUCCUUUUUAA